AAACAGUUCUCUCAGUGACCAGUCCCAACACGAAAACCCAUCAGCAAAACUUCUUCGGUUCUUUUACUUUCAUUUAACAUUUGAAUCUUUAAAGAACCAGUCAACUACGCAAUUUUUUUAUUUCAUAUAAUUUAUCUGUGAACAGUUUUAUUUAAAAACACUAAUAUAUUUAAUUUGAAUGAUUUUAAUACUUAAAUUUGAGUUAUUUAAAUUAGACAAAUAUUAAUUCAAAUUUAUUCAUAAUUUUUUGAUAUUAUUUAUAAUGGGAUCGUCACAGAUUAUUGCAUUUAUACUUGUUAUUUUUGCUGCUGAGGCAUUAUCACAAAAAAAUGAUGAAGAUCCAUGUCAAACAAAAGCUCGAGUUGUUGGUGACAAAGAUUAUUGUGAUAGAUAUUGGGAAUGUGUAGGUGGUUCACCUCAAUUAUUUGAUUGUCCAAAUGGUUUGGUAUUUGCUGGUAAACAUCGUGGAGUUACUGAAGGUUGUGAUUAUCCAUGGAGAUCAGAAUAUUGUGAAGGUAAACGUCAAGCAAAUGGACCAAUUGGUGCUGAUCAUUGUGAAUGGCUUUAUGGUAUUUUUGGUCAUGAAAAAUCAUGCACAAGAUAUUGGACAUGUUGGAAUGGUACAGCAACUGAACAACUUUGUAUUGGUGGUCUUCUUUAUAAUGAAGCAACACAUUCAUGUGACUGGCCAGAGAAUGUAGUUGGUUGUCAAAAACAUCCAUUAUGUAAUGAUGAUCCAAAUGGUAAUGUACCACUUGGUAAAUCAUGCAAUCGUUAUUGGCAAUGUCAAGGUGGUUAUCCACGUCUUCAAAGAUGUCCAGCUAUGCUUGUCUUCGACAGAAGAUCAUUGAGAUGUGUCGUACCACCAACUGAAGAUUGUGAGGUACCAACAACACCACCAAGUACUGAAAAAGAAUCACCAGAUGGUAAUAUUGAAGAAGAAAAUCCUGAAGAAGAAAAUCUUCCACCUGGUGUUCCACCUUUACCAGCUGGUGCUGUACCUAUUGCUCUAAGAAACAGACCCAGAAAUUAAAAAAAAUAAAAAAACAAUUUUUCAUGUCGAAACUAUCCAAUCUUUUUUAAAAAAAAUCAAAAUUUAAAUCUUUUUUUUUUUUAUAUAUAUUUAAAAUACGAAAUGAAAAAUUUUAAUAUUUUUUUUUUUUUCAAUUAUCAAAUCAAUCUUAUUCCAUUUAUCAUUUGCAAAAAAAAAAAAAAUUAUAUUUUGAAAAAAAUUUAAAUUUGAAUAUUAAUUUUUCAAAAUUAAUUUCAAUUAUUUAUAUUUGUUUCUUCAUAUUUCAAUUUAACAAUCACCCUUAAAAAAACCCAAAAAAAAAUUUUGUAAAUACUCCCACGAAGGUUGUCUUUUUAUAUAAAUCGUGUGAGAUUUAAUCGUAUGGUUAUUGUACGUGACGUGUUUGAAAAUAAGACUAUUGUAUUAUUUUAUUUCUAUAACGUAAUAAAAUUAUGUUAAGUAAUAUUGUUAAAAAAU